CGAAGCGAUGUGUCUAUUAGAUUCUAAGCCCCUAGGGUUAGCCGACGGCACAAAUGCGGUGAAGCUGUGAAAUCUAGUACGGCAUUCACUGGUUGUGGACGUCCCGGCCAGUCGAUCUCGGGCAUUUAAAUCGCACUACGACUCACCCCAAAUGCGUCUUCUCUUCACCAUCGGACUGUUCGCCACCAACCUGGUACCCUACCUGAUCAACAAAGCCUUAACGUACCUCACCUAGCCUUAACCCUUCUCAACAUGUCAUCCCGAGAAGAUGGUUCCCCAAGCAUGGCCACCGAGCACAACCUCGUUCCGGUGCUCUCACGCUUUCUGGUGCUGGCUCUAGAUAUCCAGCCCCCACAAGUUGCUCUGAUCGAGCGCUACCUCGCGCACAUCACCACGGAGGAGGGACCGACUCUCCAACGCCUCCUCGAGCAUCCAGACCGGCCAGGAGACAUCAUUACGCCGGAUGAGAUCAAUGCACUCGACCAAGAGGGGCAGAUGGCGCUGUUGAACUUCAUUUGUGGUCCAGAGCCAUCGAGCGACACGGCCGUCGCGGAGAGCAUGGAGAUAGAAAUGGAUGAGGAUGAGGCUGUGGAGAGCUAUGCUCCUUCUAAGCAAGGCCCAAGUGCAGGCGAGACAACGAACGAUCUCAUCUCUGGCGACGAGAUGGAGAUGGAUGAAGCUCCCGAACACCAGCCUACUCUUCCUACGCUUAAUUCAGGCACGCGUUCUGGCGGAACUACGGACGGUGAUCGUAAACGAAAGAGGGACUUGGAAGAUGAUGUGUAGAGCGAGAUAUUUCUAGAGGAAUCGAGAGCCUCUAGGAAUAGAGAUGGGGUUUUUGGUACAAGGGAGAUGAUGGAGCUUUCUUCGAUGGAGGUUUUCAUAAGGCUAGUUCAUCGAUUCGAGAGGCUUUCGGUGAAAGUGACGAAAGCAGUCGAUUACCUGGGACAUCAGUGGGAUUACUG